AUGACGGUGCCCAACGUGUUACCGCAGGGCUUGACUGCCAUGGGUAACCCCACGCCGAACGAUAUCUACUCCUCGUACGCGUACCCGCUCGACGUGUGCGACGCUUCCUUCAAGCUGUACGGAGAGUCCACCACGUACGCCGAAGACGACGCUAACCGCAUCUUCGCCUCUGCCACGGUACACAGCUACGACCCAGCCAUCCUCUUCAGCGAUCUGCGACCGCAAGAGGCGCAUCGCGAGCUGCCCAACCCCACCGGCGGCCUCGGCGCUGGUGAAUCAGGCAAUUCGUUGCUGGCAACUGAUGACCCAGAGGCAGCGACUCGACUAGCGGAAGAUGAAGAGAGUGACGCCGUGAUAGUCGCCGGACAGAACAAGCAAGGUGCGGCGGCAAUGGCUGCGGCGAUGCUUGACUCGCGUCGCCCCGCUGACGGUAUUGCCAUGGUGCCGGCCCACCCGCUUCCAGUUGUCUUCCCACGGUCAAACGGGCCGCCGCCGCCACUGCGCUUCAAGAAGUUCGGCCCCGGAGAUGUGCACCAGACACCCGCUGGAAAGUGCGCACGCCAGGCGAAGUGUGACAACGAAGAGGACGCUAACGAGACCCUGUGUGGUGAGGUUAUGGAGAGCGUACGGCACAUUGAGUCGUACAGCCUGCAGCACAGCAUUGCGUGGCGGAUCCAGGUGCUCGAUGAGCACUGCAAGCCCACUCCCAUAAAGCACUUUCAACACUUCCGCGAGCUGAUUGAUGUGCUACCGGCGCGUGCAUUGCAGGGGCUGAGUGAGUCGGGGUUUACGCGCCCAACACUCCUCCAGUCAGUCGCCAUCCCACAGCUCAUACGCGGGUGCGAUGUCGUCGGCGUCACUCCCGAUGGCAGCGGGGUGACAGUGGCCUAUGCCGUGCCGUCCCUGGCGGUGCUCAUGAAGAUCAAGGCCAUGGAUGCCGCCAGAGAGAACGAGCGGAUGGCGAAGGCAGCAGAGUCCUCGUCCUCAUCAUGUGGUGACGUUGUGGCGCACCCCAUUGUGGUUGUCCUCUGCGCCACUCGCCAAACGGUGCUCCGGACAGCCGCGAUGUACAGCAGUCUUGCUGGUGAAGACGUUCGACUCGUAGCAGCGUACCGGCCCGUGGGCAGUGACAAUGAAGAUUAUGAGCGGAUCGCCAUGUGCAGGAAGGAGGGCUGCGACGUGAUUGUUGCCACGCCGGCUUGCUUGACGAGGAUGGUGAGCGAGGCCCAUGUCGCCCUCGACCGCGUGCACGUGCUGGCAGUAGAGAAGGCGAACCAUCUCUUGGUGGUGGACCCUACUCCGGACGGCCGCACAGCGAUGCAGUACGUUGAGGACAUAAUGCGCGCCGUGAAGGGAAAUGGCGUGGCGCAUCAGUUUUCCCUGUGGUGCGCUGAGCUGGAGCCGCCUAUCGAGACCCUCGUGCGCAAGUACAUGUCGCCACUCACCGGGACGGUGAUGGUGACGCGCGAGGAGCACACGAACGUGAAUGUGCGUCAGAUCCUGUACCCGCUGUCAAGCCGCGAUGACCGUAUCACAGCUAUCCAGAAGCUGUACGAUCAGGGCAUCAUCGUGAAGCGCGACCAGGUGAUGGUGUACUGCGCCUGUCGCGAGACCGUAGAGGAAGUGACGAGGGAACUGAUUAAGACGCUGUCCGCCCCGUCGUCGAUGGUUCGGUGUGUGCAUAGCGGCCUGUGCUUUCGCAAGCGCAACGAAGUCUUCAAGGCCUUCCAGCACGGCGACGUGCGCAUUUUGGUCGGCACAGACGCAGCGAUGGAGCGGCUAUAUGUCGAGGAGCUUGAGCACGUCAUCCACUAUGACCUGCCUGCUCUCACCGAGGUCUACGUGCAGCGUGUUAACCAGGUGGGCCGCUCCGGUCGUCAAGGGACGUCGCACACCUUCCUCAUCCCUGGCGACGCCCACGUGCCGAUCAUUACAAGGUUUGUGGAGAGGCAGACGGAUCAUGCACUCAACGAUACCAUUUGCAAGAUGGUCGCUGACAUUGAGGCCGCGGGCGCUGAGAACAGCUGGGACACCCCGGUACUGCGCAUGCAAAACCACGCCGUGUCGAAGACGACAAGACGUGUGCGCGGGCGGCGAGCGAUACGGCAGCGGGCAGAGUCCCUCUCGGAUUUCGCGUCGGCGCGGGACAAAAGCCCGGCGGGCUAG